AUGUCUCAACAAGGAACUCUCCGAUCUGAUGUCCCAGCCGCCUUCGCCGCAGCCAACUCUAACCCCGCCCGUUUGGUUCACCUCAUCCCAGAUGAGCUUGCCAGAUCGGUUCCUGAUCAUUCAAUCUUUGCUUACCCAAAGACUGAUAUGCCACAAGAUGGCUUCGUGGAAGUAUCUGCCAGGUCUUUUGCCAAUGCAAUCAACCGUACCGCUUGGUACUUGGAGUCAAUCCUCGGGAAAGCCCCCGCUGGUGAAUUCCCAGCUGUCGCCUACCAAGGCCACAGUGACAUUCGUUACUUUCUUUUCAUGUUCGGCGCUAUCAAAGCCGGAUACAAGAUGCUGUAUCUUUCUCCCCGUAACAGCGUCGCCGGGUCUCUAAAUGUUCUUGAGAAGUCCGACUGCCACAUCUUCUUGACAGCUCGCAACACUCAUGUUGAGAACAUCUUGAGCCAACGCAACAUGCGCACUGCAACAGUGCCAGAACUCGAAGAGUUGCUUGAAGAUGAAGAGGUCCGCGCCUAUCCCUACAGCAAGUCUUUUGCUGAGGCACGAACCGACCCAUGUCUCGUCCUCCACACUACCGGCUCCACCGGUCUUCCAAAGCCUAUUACCUGGAAGAACGAGAUCCUCAGCACAUAUGAGGCUUGGAGAACUAUCCCAGCAGUCGACGGAUAUGUUCCAACAACUGAAGUCUACCAACAAUCUCGCAGGGCUUACAAUCUCAUGCCUUUGUUCCACACUAGUGGUUUGAACAUCGGUAUCACCAUGUCUCUCCUUCUCGGUGUCACCACUGUUUACGGUUCUGCCAAUGUCGUACCUCACGCUGCAUAUGCCGACGAGAUCCACAAGUAUGGUGGUGUCGACGCUUCAAUUGGCCCCCCAUCCAUCUAUGAGGAAUUGAGCCACGAUCCCAAAUCCCUCGAGCGUAUCCACAACUUUAACUACAUUCUCGUUUGUGGUGCUGCCAUCUCCCAGACUGCCGGUGAUAUUAUCUCCAAGCAUUGCAGAGUUGUUUCCAACUUUGGAGCUACUGAGACUGCCUGUCUUCCACGAUUGGCUCCUGCCGUCGAGGAUUGGGCUUACUUCUACUGGCACCCAACUCACUCUGGUAUUGUCUUCAGAGAGUACAUGGACGGUCUUCACGAGCUCUACAUUGAGCGAAAGCCUGAAUUAGAUCUUUACUACCAGGGUAUCUUCAGUACCUUCCCUCAACUCGAGGAGUACUCCAUGAAUGAUCUCUACUCUCGCCACCCUGAUCCAGCCAAGCCUUUCUUGUACAAAUGGAGAGGUCGUGCUGACGAUGUUAUCGUCCUCAGCAAUGGAGAGAAACUUGCCCCAGCUCUCAUGGAGGCUUCUCUUUGCAGCAGUCCACUCGUCAAAGGUGCCAUGGUUGUCGGUCGUGGCAAGUUCCAACCAGCUGCUCUUGUCGACCUCAAGGAUGCUCCACCAGCUAGCGCUGCUGAUCGCCACGCUCUCAUCAAGGACAUGCUUCCAGCUAUUGCCCAAGCUAAUGUCCACGCUCCUGCUCACGGUCAGCUUGAUCAGUACCAUAUCUUGUUUGUUGAUCCCAGCCGCCCAAUGCACUACCUUGGUCAAGGUAAGAUCCAAAGACAUCAGACAUACAGAUUGUACGAGAAAGAUAUCGAAGAUGUCUACACUGCUGCCGAGAAUCUCGAUGAUCAAGAAGGUGAAGUCGGUGACAUGCGAGUGGACUUUUCCGACCGCACCAACAUCGCUAAAUGGCUAAAAGACCUCAUCGAGGAGACCGCCGGCAUUCAAAAUCUUGGACCUGAUUCAGCAUUCUUCGAAUCUGGCUUGGAUUCUCUCCAUGUCAUCAAGAUUGUUCGUGAGCUCAAGAUCCAUGCCAAACUCACUGGUGGCAACAACCUCACUCCGGACUCCAUUUCACCAGCUUCUGUAUACUCCAAUCCAUCCUUGGUUGAGCUCUCUGAGUUCCUCUACAAGACAGCAGAUUUGGCACCUGAAGAUCCUGAUAGUGCCUACCAAAGUGCCGAUCCUAACGAGAAGGAAGUCAAAAAUCCUAAAUUGACUGCCAUGGAGUCUCUCUUCCAAGAAUUUGUCUCCACCCUACCAGUCGAGUCCAAGCCUCGUGUCACACCAGUCACUACCGGUACUACUGUUCUCCUCACUGGUACUACCGGUUCAUUGGGUUCAUACCUCCUCAAUGAGAUGAACAAUGACUCCAACGUUAAGCACAUCUACGCUCUUGAUCGCUCUGCUGGUGGUGCCGAGAAAUAUCAACAAGCCAUCGUUGCAAGAGGAUUAAGCCCCAUUGAUCCCAAGAGAGUUACUUUCCUCAAGGCAGAUCUUUCUGACUCUCAAUUGGGUGUUGGACAAGAGAACUACACUAAGAUUUUGGAGAAUGUUACCCACGUCCUUCAUUGCCAAUGGCCAGUCAACUUCAACUGGACUCUCAAUUCAUUCAAGCCAUACAUCACUGGUGUUCGCAACCUCGCUCAAAUGGCUUCCAGCUCUACCAACAACGCUUUCGUGAUGUUCAUCUCAUCCAUUGCCGCCGUUGGUGGAUACAAAGGAGUUGGUGGUGUUCCUGAGGCACCGAUCCUCGACUUCACUGCCGCAGCACCUAUGGGAUACGGUCAAUCCAAGCUUAUCGCUGAGGCCCUCCUCGAGAAAGCCGCUCAAAUCUCCGGUGUCCGUACUGCUGUCUGCCGUGUUGGUAUCGUAGCCGGUCCAGUUGAACAACAAAAGGGAAUGUGGAACAAACACGAGUACAUUCCAUCUAUCAUUGUCUCAUCCGCCCAUCUCGGUGUUGUCCCAGAGACCUUCCCAUCCAGAGAUCACAUCGAUUGGCUUCCAGUCGACAAGCUCUCCAAGGUCUUGUGCGAGAUCCUUGAGACCGCAUCUCAGCCAGAACUUGACGCCGCUACAGGCGCUAUCUCUUCUGCUCCUCUCCACAGCAAGACUUUCCACGUUGUCAACCCACAGUUCUCCAGCUGGGAAGAGGAUUUGGGACAGAACCUCCUCGCCGCUUACCCUGAAGGCAUGGUCAAGCCAGUCAAGUUUGAGCAAUGGGUUGACGCACUCAAAGCUUCCGUGGAUGAAGCUGAGCGCACUGGCAAAGUCGAUGUUGACGCCAACCCCGCCAUGCGCCUUCUUGAGUUCUACUCCAAGGCAGCAGCUGGUGGUGCCGUUGAGAAGGGUGCUCGUACCUUACCUACCAACGUUUCUCAGUCUGCCAGUAAGACUUUGAGAAAUCUCGGUCCUUUGAACAGAGUGUGGUUGGAGAACUGGAUGGUUCAGUGGGGUAUCAAAGAGCCUGUAGCAGUUCAAAAUGCUUUCUUGGCUUUGAAUUAG